GUCGAUCAUGACACCAUGGCGCAUUGUUGCAGACCCGCCGAGGAUGGGUGCGGUCAAACAAUUUGAGAGUACUGUCUAUAUUGUUUUGGUCAACAGGCACUUUCAACAAGUCGUCUCGAUGGUGUAGUUGGUUAUCACGUGGGUCUCAUAUCUUAGUAUGACUCGGAAGUUCACUUCUGGGCGAUCCCAAGGCCGGGAGUUCGAACCUCCCUCGGGACAUCUCCUUUUUUGCUCAUUUUAUGACCCAUGUCCACACAGCAAUUACUGCAGAGGUGGGCUAGCCGCGUAUACUGUAUCUCCUUUGAAGACUGUAGCACUCAGACUAUUGCCGGACGUCGUAGAUAGACCAGCCGCGAUAAAAUAUCCCGUUGCAUCCACCUACUGUGACUUACACUUAGGUGUCAUCAGGCACCCUUACGGUCUUGUAUUGCACCUGAAAACGACGUAUGCGAGCAGAAAAGUUCCUGGGAUGGCCCGUCAUCGAGCCCUCACCGCACGGUUGGCGAGAUUGUCCCAGGCAUGGCUCGACGAUUCGGAAGCCCAGGCUGCUCUGUCCGCCUGGUUACUUCCAAAUCGUCUCGAGCAUGUCACAGCAUGCCCUGAAGGAGCAACUGCACAUUCUUUCCGCAGGCCAUCACGAGUUCACUAACGCGGGUACUUGACUCAUAGACCAGGAAAGUGUUGCUGUUGGCUAGGUCGAAUGAUCCUUAUCCAUCGAAGCAGGAGAGUCCGACGGCUUGAGUUAAGUGCAUCUUCAAAUAGCACUCUCCUCGCCAAUCACCCGCCCAUGUCGAGAUGUCUCUUGCAGCACAACCUUCGGUGAAUGUCAGCACCAUGCCCCUUCAGCUCGAAUUCGUGGUUUUCCUAACCACCUGAUAUCCCAUGAUAUCCGAGUCAGUGCCGAGGCUUGUGGCUAAUACUUCGAAUCAUAUCGACAGCCA